AGGGGUGGAAGCCGGCAGCGGCGGCGGCGGCGGCCGAGCGGGGUCAGUUCUCUGUAGUGUUUGCCAAUGUUGGAGUCGUCUGCAAAGUGUCCCCGGCGAGAAGAUGUUCUCAGUGCAGCUGAGUCUUGGGGAGCAGACAUGGGAAUCCGAAGGGAGCAGUAUAAAGAAGGCCCAGCAGGCUGUUGCUAACAAGGCUUUGACUGAAUCUACGCUUCCCAAACCAGUUCAGAAGCCGCCCAAAAGCAGUGUUAACAAUAACCCAGGUAGUAUAACACCAACUGUGGAACUGAAUGGGCUUGCUAUGAAAAGGGGAGAGCCUGCCAUCUACAGGCCGUUAGAUCCAAAGCCUUUCCCAAAUUAUAGAGCUAAUUACAACUUUCGGGGCAUGUACAAUCAGAGGUAUCACUGCCCAAUGCCCAAGAUCUUUUAUGUUCAGCUGACUGUAGGAAAUAAUGAAUUUUUUGGGGAAGGAAAGACUCGACAAGCUGCUAGACACAAUGCUGCAAUGAAAGCCCUUCAGGCACUGCAGAAUGAACCUAUUCCGGAAAAGUCAGCUCAGAAUGGUGAAUCAGGAAAAGAAAUGGAUGAUGACAAAGAUGCAAAUAAGUCUGAGAUCAGCUUAGUGUUUGAAAUUGCUCUGAAGCGAAAUAUGCCCGUCAGUUUUGAGGUUAUUAAAGAAAGUGGACCACCACAUAUGAAAAGCUUUGUUACUCGGGUGUCAGUGGGAGAGUUCUCUGCAGAAGGAGAGGGAAAUAGCAAAAAACUAUCCAAGAAACGUGCUGCAACCACUGUCCUGCAGGAGCUUAAGAAACUUCCACCUCUUCCUGUGGUUGAAAAGCCAAAACUGUUUUUUAAAAAACGCCCUAAAACAAUAGUAAAGGCUGGACCAGAGUAUGGUCAAGGAAUGAACCCCAUUAGCCGCCUGGCUCAAAUUCAACAGGCCAAAAAGGAAAAGGAACCAGAUUACGUUUUGCUUUCAGAAAGAGGAAUGCCUCGACGUCGGGAAUUUGUGAUGCAGGUCAAGGUAGGCAAUGAAGUUGCUACUGGAACAGGACCUAAUAAAAAGAUAGCCAAAAAAAAUGCUGCAGAAGCAAUGCUGUUACAGCUUGGUUAUAAAGCAUCCACUAGUCUUCAAGAUCAACUUGACAAGACAGGGGAAAACAAAGGAUGGAGUGGUCCAAAGGCUGGGUUUCCUGAACCAACAAAUAACACUCCAAAAGGAAUUCUUCAUUUGUCUCCUGAUGUUUAUCAAGAGAUGGAAGCCAGCCGCCACAAAGUCAUCUCUGGCACAGCUCUAGGCUAUUUGUCACCCAAAGAUAUGAACCAACCCUCAAGCUCUUUCUUCAGUAUAUCUCCCACCUCGAGUAGUUCAGCUACAAUUGCCAGGGAACUCCUUAUGAAUGGAACAUCUCCUACAGCUGAAGCCAUAGGUUUAAAAGGAAGUUCUCCUCCUCCCCCUUGUUCUCCAGUACAACCUUCAAAACAGCUGGAAUAUUUAGCAAGGAUUCAAGGCUUUCAGGUAUGAAUUAAAAGCAAAAACAAGAAAACAAAACAAUCCAUUAGCCCCAAAUCCUUCAUCUCUGUCCAUCAGAAAGCUCAUUCUUGCCUGCUAGCGUGACUUCUAUGCCACUUACAUUGUAAAUUAUUAGGAACACAGAGGACAGAAAAACGAGUCAUGCGCACAUGCCUCAUUUUAAAGAUCUUUCAUUCUCUCCAGUAAUUCUUUUGCCGCCUGGCUCUCCUCCAUAUUCCUUCUUCUUCUGUUUUUGUUUUUGAUUUGUUUUUUUUUAAACAUUUUUCAUUCUCUGUUCUGUGUCCUGCUUGGGUGCAUCUAUUCCCUCACUCUCCUCCCCAAACAAAAGUGCUGCCUUCAUACAUUUGGUAUUAGUAUUUAGCACUAAGGCCUCCCUCAUUUUACAGUAGGGUUUUUUCUAAUGAUGAUUUUACUUUCAUAGCAGUUUUGAAUUUGGCAUUCUAUGGCUAGUAAUGAUUCAGGUAUACCACUAAGGUACAACAUCCUAGAAGUCUAUUAUCUUAGGAGUUAGUUAAACAUGGUAUUAGAACAGUAAUGCUUUCUAGUUGUCUGAGGCAUAAAAACAUGUAUCGUUUUACUGGAUCGUGUUUUGAACCAUCUAGGGUAGCGCCUACCUUAGACGGUACCAACAAGUCUGUUUCACCGGGCAGUCUAAAUCUAGCUUAGAGUCCGCUUGUUGUGUAUAUGAAUUUGGGGCUGGAAACCUUCCCCCUCCCUCCCGUUUAGUCAGUGUUCCCUUUUGGAAAAAAACCCAACAAUCCUUUAUGAGUAGAACUUUUUAAAGAAUUGAUAACUCUAGGAAGAGGAAAUACCUGUGUUCUGACUUCUUAGUUGCCUUGAAAAUCCUGUACUGAGCUGUAAUCACUCACUUGACUGGGCGAACAGCAGUGUGCUUGUGUGUAGAAAGAGUGGACUGCUCCCUCAGAUUUCAUUAUAUUCACCCCCCUUUCCAUCUUAGUCUUACUCCUUAAGACCAAAAACUGUAAUUUCCUUUAGAAAUCUUCUAGAAGAUCUGUAUUGUGUAGAAUGAUCAUGUAUUUAUAAAAAUUUUACAAAUUUAGAUACAAGAGAGAAGAUCAUGUGUUUUACCAAGGGGGUAUUUUGCAUGUUUUUUUUGUUUCUCAUCACAGAAACCUGAUUCUUUCACAUCUAUUGCCAGGUAGUCGUUGAGUGUUUUUACUUAGACUAUUAAUAUGAAAUCUAAAAAGCUGUUACCAGUUUGGGGCUCUGUCAUCUGAAAUUUUAAACACUUAACUUAAAAAUUAAAAUUUAGAACUUGUUUUCGUUGUUUACCUUAAGAAUAACAAUACAUCACUGUUUAAAAUAAAAGGACCUUGAUUCACACAGUUAAAGUACUGGAAAAGAAAAACUAAGCAAUUUUUAGUUCUAUCUAUAAUUUGCAUAAGGUGAACUAGAAAUAAACUGUGAUGAAAAGGAAUUCACUGUUUAUUUACAAGUCUAGUCAUUUAGAAAUGUCUGAAAGUAACACUGCAUUUGCAUUUUUAUAGAAACAAAGCACAAAUUGCACUCAAGCUCUGAAUUGAUUUUUUGGCUGGAGAUGUUCCUCUGAUGUAAUUUUGCUGCCAGAAGAACUACUUAAAUUUGUAUUUAUUUGUUAAUUCUUAGCAAUGACAACAACUAUAAUUUUAAAAUACCUUUACUUUAGUCAAAAUGUAGAAUCUGUUUCUCCUAUAUUUGGGCUGAGUACUCAGACCUUUUUUUUUUUUAAAGCUUAUGCUGAGAUAAUACACUCUUACUUAUGGACACGUUAAACAUUUCCAAAUUUGUGUAUGGUGAUUUUUACAUACUAAUGAAGAUAAACAUGGUUUUAAAACGUUACUGUGCUGCUUUGGUCAAAUGAGCUCGGUGUUGCUAUGAAAUAUUGUUUUGCUGACGGGCUGCAGCCUGCAGUGUGUGGUGAACAGACUGUGGGAAAUGGCUUCCCUUCCCUGUCAGGUGCCCAGCGCGUCCUCAUAAUGUCACGGUAGAAGAGUCUUUGUGGUUAAGAGUUUUAAAGCCUCUUUCUUUAUAGGUAACUUUCUCAGGUACAUUUACCUGGUAGAAAAACAUGUAGAUUGUUUCUAUUUCUUAAAUGUUUUAAUUGGACUGUAGUUUAGAAAUUAUAGGGCCAGCUUGUUAUGGAUGACAUGCUGUUAUGUUAUUUUCAUUUCUGGAAUUUAAAAACAAUAAAUUCUUUUUCUCUGUUUCUAGGUUAGUACUUUUAAAAUUUUGUUACUGUACACUGAAUAGAUAUUAUUGCUUAUUGAAUAUUGUAUAUAAACCCUUCUCUGGCCCUCUGUGCUCACUGACAUUUGAUUUAAGCCUACCAGAGCCAUUGUAUGUGACAGCUAUAUUGUAUUACAAAGUAAAAAAAUAUAUUAGUGUACUGAAAA